CGUCUGUAGUGUUAGUCCUCCUGACCAACAUGGGGGCCAAAGGGCUUGAAUUGAUAUCAUGGCUCAUCUAUUUGACGCUGAUAGUCGACUCACUUACUCAGAAUGUGACCACUGCUCCUUCUACAAACACACUGACCAUGACUUCAGCUAAUGCAUCCCACAUUGGCCGAGUGUGCACAACUUGGGGAUACUAUCACUUCAAAACCUUUGAUGGAGAUUUCUUCCAGCUGAAUUCGAGUUGUAACCAUGUCCUUGCAAUACAAUGCAAGGGCAGCUAUGAAAGCUUUAAUAUCCAGAUGCGGCGGCGCUUAGUCAACAACAUCCCCACAAUCAGCAAAAUCAUCAUGAUGCUGGAAGGAUCUGAGGUGGAGCUCUCUAACAACUCAGUGCUUGUCAAUGGCAAGAUGGAAUCUCUUCCAUUCAGUAAAUCAGGCGUGACUGUCAAGGGGACCGCAUCUAGUAUCUCUGUUGAAGCUAAUCUGGGAAUAAAGGCAAUCUGGAACCUGGACGACUCCCUUGAUAUUGAAAUAGAUGAGAAAUAUCGGACUCAGACAUGUGGACUGUGUGGAAACUUUGAUGGCAUAUCCAAUGAAUUCCUGAAUGAUGGAACCCCAGUGUCUGUGGUGGACUAUGCUGAGACCUGGAAGAUAAAUGGCCCCACAGAGUACUGUGAGGAGACUGACAUCAACCCAGUCCCGAGCUGUGGUGAUAAGCAAUUCUGUGACCAGACUUUCUCCAGUGAUCCCUUUGUUGAUUGCCAAAACAUUCUUGACGUGGAAUCCUUUAGUAAAGCCUGUAUGGUGGACACGUGCAACUCUACAGACAACACUACUUUUGUCCUCUGCAAAACACUUUCAGAGUUCUCCAGACAGUGCAUCCAUGCAGGUGGCAAACCCCAAGAAUGGAGGAACGAUACAUUUUGCUACAAGAAAUGUCCAUACAACAUGGUGUUCUUGGAAUGUAGCAGUUCAUGUCCUGACAGCUGUUCCACCCCUCAGGCCAGCCAGACAUGUGACAGCCAUUGUCAUGAUGGCUGCAGCUGCCCUGCUGGGAUGGUCUUUGAUGACAUUGGUAACAGCGGAUGUAUCGCAGUCUCUCAGUGUCCAUGUCUGCACAACAACGAAAUCUACAUGCCAGGAGAGUCCUACUCGCACCACUGUGGAUCCUGUGUAUGUGAAAGCGGUCAGUGGAGUUGUACAGAGACAAACUGUCCAGGAAUCUGUUCUGUCAAAGGAGGGGCUCAUGUUAACACCUUUGAUGGAAAAGUCUACACAUUUCAUGGCGAUUGCUCCUAUGUUCUAGCUAAGGACAGUAAUGGUUUGUCCUACACUGUGCUGGUGGAUCUGGUCAAGUGCGGGCUAAGUGACACAAAGACUUGCCUCAGAACUGUAACUUUGGCCUUAGGCAGCAAUUCUGUGGUUGUUAAAGUUCAGGCAUCUGGGCAGGUCUAUGUGAACCAGAUUAAUUCUCAGCUUCCACUGUUUACAGCUGAUCUGAGAGUCUUUAAGCCAUCUUCCUUCUACAUCCUUGUAAGCACCACGGUGGGCAUACAACUGAUGAUUCAGCUGUCUCCCAUAAUGCAGGUGUUCAUUUCAGCUGACAGGUCCCUCACAGGAACCACCUCUGGUUUAUGUGGAAACUUCAACGACAUCAUGAGUGACGACUUUAGAGUGACAAGUGGGCUGGUGGAAGGCACUGCUGCUGCAUUUGCAAAUGCAUGGAAAACCAGAGCCAGCUGCCCAGACAUUAUAUCACAUUUUGGAGACCCUUGUAACAACAACAUCCUCACAGAGAAAUAUGCUGAUUUCUGGUGCUCCAAAUUAACUGAUCCCGAGGGAGUGUUUGCUCCCUGCCACGCUGUCGUUAGCCCCAGCACAUAUAAAGAUAACUGUAUGUAUGACACCUGUAACUGUGAAAAAAGUGAGGACUGCAUGUGUGCUGCAGUUUCCUCAUAUGUCUAUGCCUGCUCAGCAGCAGGAGUCCACAUCAGUGGCUGGAGGAAAACCAUCUGUGAGACAUUCAGCACAUCAUGUGCAGCAGAAACUGUGUAUAACUACAACAUGACCAGCUGUGGGCGUACCUGCCGUUCCCUCGGCCAGACUGACUACUCUUGUCAGGUCAACUUCACCACAGUGGAUGGCUGUGGCUGUUCUGAAGGAACUUACAUGAAUGAGGAAGGCCAGUGUGUAGCCCGUGAAAGCUGUCCCUGCUAUGCUGAAGGCAUUAUUGUUCCUCCUGGACAGACUAUCAGUAAAGAUGGCAGCACAUGUGUCUGCAGACAAGGCAUUCUCAGCUGCUCUGGAGGAACACAGCUACUAAGUUUACCAUUAGGUUCACCACAAUGCGAAUAUCCCAUGGUGUACUUUGACUGCUCCACUGCUCAACCUGGGGCUACUGGCACUGAAUGUCAAAAGAGCUGCAGCACCGCUGACAUGGCUUGUAUCCACACAGGCUGUACAUCAGGCUGCAUAUGCCCAGAUGGGCUGUUGUCAGAUGGAGCAGGAGGCUGCGUCAAUGAGACCAGCUGUCCAUGUGUGCACAAUGGACAAGUCUACCAGCCUGGAGAGACACUGACAGUGGAUUGCAAUACCUGUUCCUGCAGUGGAAGGAAGUUCACAUGUACCAACGAGACGUGUGAUGCUGUUUGUGGAAUCUAUGGAGAUGGUCACUACGUCACCUUUGACGAUAAGAGGUUCGACUUCAGUGGACAGUGCGAAUACACACUUCUACAAGACUUCUGUGGCACCUAUAAUGGCAAUGGAAGCUUCAGAAUUAUUACUGAAAAUGUUCCAUGUGGAACAACAGGAACCACCUGUUCUAAGACCAUCAAGAUCUUCUUGGGGGAUAAUGAAUUCCAGCUCAAAGAUGACAAUUUACAAGUGGUAAAGGGCACUAUCCAGGCGCUUCAGGUACAAAAAAUGGGCAUUUACAUAGUGGUGACAAUCAAGCCUGGACUUGUUCUCAUGUGGGACCAGAAGACCAGUCUUUUCAUUACAAUCAGUCCACAGUUCCAGGGUCAGGUCUGUGGUCUGUGUGGAAACUAUGAUGGUAACAGUAAGAAUGACUUCACCACACGCUCCCAGGAAAUAGUAGCAGAUGUUCUACAAUUUGGUAACAGCUGGAAAGUUUCAUCUAGUUGCCCCAGUGCAGAGCUAAUCAGUGAUCCCUGUGCCUCAAAUCGCUACCGGGCAGCCUGGUCUCAAAAACAGUGCAGUAUCAUCACAAGUGUCACCUUCCAGAGCUGUCAUUCAAAGGUUGACCCUGGUCCAUAUUUUGAUUCCUGUGUGAGAGACUCCUGUGCUUGUGACACUGGUGGGGACUGCGAAUGUCUCUGUACUGCGGUGGCUGCAUAUGCUAAAGCCUGUAAUGAAGCUGGGACCUGCAUUGCAUGGAGGACUCCAAAGUUUUGUCCUAUUUUCUGUGACUACUAUAAUUCACCUGGUGAAUGUGAGUGGCACUAUAAGCCUUGUGGAGCUAAUUGCAUGAAAACAUGUAGGAAUCCAUCUGGAAACUGCUCGUCACUCAUCACCAACCUGGAAGGCUGCUAUCCACAGUGUCCCCCGAACCAACCCUACUUUGAUGAAGACACUAUGAAGUGCGUUUCCGGGGACCAGUGUGGAUGUUAUGAUGACCAAGGCAACCAUUACAACAUUGGUGAAAAGGUUCCAUCAGAGAACUGCUACACCUGCUUAUGUACAAUGUCGGGGAUACAAUGUAACUACAGUGUUAACUAUUGUACAUGUCUCAUUAAUGGAAAAAUGUACAACUAUGGGGACAAUAUCUACAACACAACUGAUGGCCUAGGAAACUGCAUCACAGCUGAGUGUGCAGAGAAUGGAAUUGUAACAAGGAGCAUAUACCCCUGCUUUAUUACCACAACAGCUGGGCCAACAACAACAACUCCAUUUACGUUUAGUACAAUACUAAACACCACUUCAGUUAUUAGUACUACAUCUCCAUUAAAUACUACAUUUGAAUUUGAAACC